GAUAAGACUCUUUUGUUUUCUUUUACCAGCUCAGAACAGAGAGAGCCACUGCAUGUUCUUCUCUUCAAGCUCACUUUCUCCUUAAACCCAUUAAAACUAAAUGUCUCUCGAAUGAAAAAUAAAUCAAUUCAUUUUCCCAAAUUCCCGGUCACAAAGUAACGUUUUAAAUUGAGAUGAAGUUGAAUAACCAGAAAGAUUCAUCAGAGAGGCUAACGUUGGAUCGGAUCCUACCCGGUUCCAGUUCACCGACCCGACCCGGAUCCAAACUCAUGGUCUUGCUCCUCCUCGUCUCAGCAACUUACGUCGUCUACACACUAAAGCUCAUCUCCAGCUCACGUGCCUGUCACGUGGAGCCUUUCUCCGCCGCAGUCGUUCGCCGCUUGAACGACAUUGUGAACUCAUCUCAGCCGUUCAUCCUCCUCCAGUCUAACCAAACAGCCGUAAUCGAAUCUCACAACUCCUCACCACCCCCACCUCCUCCUCCUCCCCCGGAAACCGACCUCCGCCACGUGGUUUUCGGAAUCGCGGCGUCGGCGAGGCUAUGGAAACAGAGGAAAGAGUACAUCAAGCUCUGGUACAAACCGAAUCAAAUGCGCGGUUACGUCUGGUUAGAGAAACCGGUUAAGAAACUCGACCAAGAAGAAGAAAACGAAACCAACAACAACAACCUCCCGCCUGUUAAAAUCUCCGCCGACACUUCCAAGUUCCCUUACAAAAACAAACAGGGACACAGAUCGGCGAUUCGAAUCUCGCGGAUCGUGACGGAGACGCUCAGGCUAGGACUCGAGGACGCGAGGUGGUUCGUGAUGGGAGACGACGACACGGUCUUCGUCGCCGAGAAUCUCAUCAGAGUUCUGAGGAAGUACGAUCACAGUCAGAUGUAUUACAUCGGGAGCUUAUCGGAGAGCCAUCUUCAGAACAUCUACUUCUCGUACGGGAUGGCUUACGGCGGCGGGGGAUUCGCCGUGAGUUAUCCGUUGGCGGUGGCGCUGAGCAAAAUGCAGGAUCGCUGCAUAAAGAGGUAUCCGGCGUUGUACGGUUCGGAUGAUCGGAUGCAAGCGUGCAUGGCUGAACUCGGUGUUCCACUCACUAAAGAACUCGGUUUUCACCAGUACGAUGUGUAUGGCAAUCUAUUCGGUCUACUAGCGGCGCACCCGGUGGCUCCAUUGGUAACACUUCACCAUCUUGACGUGGUAGAACCAAUAUUUCCAAACAUGACUCGUGUAGAUGCCUUGAAGCGUCUACAAGUGCCAGCUAUGCUAGACUCUGCCGGUCUUAUGCAACAGUCCAUAUGCUACGACAAACGUCGGAAGUGGACCGUUUCAGUCUCUUGGGGAUACGCGGUUCAGAUCUUUCGCGGAAUCUUUUCCGCUCGAGAGAUGGAAAUGCCUUCAAGAACCUUCUUAAAUUGGUAUCGGCGGGCGGAUUACACGGCGUACGCUUUUAAUACACGACCGGUGAGUCGUCAUCCAUGCCAGAAACCGUUUGUGUUCUAUAUGGCAACGACGGGAGUUCAUCCCAUGACAAAUAUGACGGUGAGCCGUUACGAAAGUCACCGUGUGGCUCAACCCGAGUGUCGAUGGAAGAUGGCUAAUCCCGGUGAUCUUAGAACCGUCAUUGUUUACAAGAAACCGGACCCUCGCCUUUGGGACAGAUCUCCGAGAAGAAAUUGUUGCAGGGUGAAAUCAAAGAAGAAUAAUACUUUAGAGAUCAGUGUUGCAGUUUGCAAGGAAGGUGAAGUGGUUGAAGUUAUGUAAUAAUUUUCAUGUUUAUAUAACUUAAUUCUGCUCUGAUUCAAUUAUACAGAUUAGUAGAUUACCUAUUUAAAACUGUUGGAAUAUUUUGAAAAGUUAGUUAAAUAAUUGUCAAAA